CGUUUCGUUUCGUGUUUCGUUUAUGGCCUUUAUGCCUGGCCUGGCAGUGUAGACGACUGUUAUGUUUCAAGAUUCAAAUAAAUUCGCUUCAUUUAUAUUUCCUUUUCUGGAAUAGUAACGUAGGCCUAUUUAAACUUUUUACCAGAUAUAAUAAGACCAACUGUCUUUUCUUGAUCGAUCACAACAAUUUGAAAGUCGGUGAAUCCAAUCAUGUCUCUACCCAAACAGCUCCAAGAUUUAUUCAGCUAUGUUGACAAGAAUGCUGUGAAGUUUAUAGGAAUUUUAAAGGAAGCUGUGAGUAUCCCUUCUGUAUCAAAUGAUGUUGGACACCGUCCAGACGUAGUUACAAUGGUCAAAUGGACAGAGAGUCGGCUGAAAAGUUUGGGCGCCUCAGUUGAACUCUGUGAUGUUGGAGAUCAGAUCAUGCAUGAUGGCCAGAAGGUGCCACUGCCUCCAGUUAUUCUAGGCAGUCUAGGCAAUGACCCAGCUAAGCCUACAGUCUGCCUUUAUGGCCAUUUGGACGUCCAACCUGCAGCUAAGGAAGACGGCUGGGCUACAGAUCCUUUCAAACUAGUGGAGAAGGAUGGUAAACUGUUUGGCCGAGGGAGCUCUGAUGACAAGGGACCAGUUCUGGGAUGGCUGCAUGCUAUAGAAGCGUAUCAAAGCUGCAAGCAAGAUAUCCCUGUCAACAUCAAGUUUGUGUUUGAAGGGAUGGAGGAAAGUGGGAGCGAAGGUUUGGACGAACUGUUGGAACAGAGGAAAGACUCAUUUCUCAAAGGAGUGGAUUACGUCUGCAUCUCCGACAACUACUGGCUGGGUACGGAGAAGCCUUGUAUAACGUACGGGUUGAGAGGGCUGUGCUACUUUAGUGUUGAGGUGGAGUGUGCCUGCAAAGACUUGCACAGCGGACUUUACGGCGGAACUUUGACAGAAGCAAUGAGUGAUUUGAUAUACCUGUUGGACACACUUGUUGAUGUCAACGGGAAAAUCCUUGUGACUGGAGUGUACCAAGACGUAGCUCCGAUCACUGAUGCAGAGAAACAGCUGUACAAAAGUAUUGAUUUCAAACCAAGCGAUUUUCAGUCUGAAAUCGGUUGCAACAGCUUACUUCACAGUGGCGAAAAGACUGCAAUACUCAUGAGUCGCUGGAGACAGCCAAGUUUAUCCAUCCACGGUAUCGAGGGAGCUUAUUCGGAACCAGGAGCAAAAACUGUCAUACCAAAGAAAGUGUCCGGCAAAUUCUCAAUCAGACUUGUACCUCACCAAGAGCCAAGCAAGAUAGACCAACUAGUGAUCGACUACCUCAACAAGAAGUGGGCUGAGAGAAAGAGUUCAAACAACUUCAAGGUAAUUCCUUUGCACGGUGGUAAGCCAUGGAUGGCUGAUCCUUCGCAUCCACACUUUGAGGCAGCUAGAAAGGCGAUCAAGCACACUUACAACACUGAGCCUGACCUUACUAGGGAAGGAGGAUCGAUACCCGUCACACUUACAUUGCAAGAAAUAACAGGGAAAAACACUCUUCUAUUACCAAUGGGUGCGUGUGAUGAUGGAGCUCACUCUCAAAAUGAGAAAAUUGACAUCCGCAACUACAUUGAAGGGACCAAGAUGAUGGCUGCCUAUUUGUAUGAACUGGGAAAGCUGGGAAAAUCUUCGUAAUCCAAAUCACCUACCAAAGAGGAAUGGCAACAUAAAUAUUUAUAAUCUAUGGGACUGAAACUAUAUAUCUAAGAACUGGAAAUAACAACUGUGAUAUCGUGUUUUUUAUCAACACCCAAAUGUUUUAAACUUUAAAGAGAAGAAAUUGUUCUUGUUAAAAUAUUUUUUUUUCAUUUUUCAAGGAUACUUUGAUAUUUUAGUGGCAUCUUGGACAUAGCUGAAAAAUUUGGAAUCCUAAACUAUUCAAAAGAGAGUUUGGAUUACUUUAUAAAAAAUAUAUGGUCAAUCUUAAAAAGUCUUGACCAAAGAGGAGUUAUCUAAAUGUAGAUAUUUUUAGAUAGUUAAAAAUGCCACUUACCUGAAAAAAAAUUACUUGUUUUAAGUAUCAUCUCCGAGGUUCCCCUAAUAGACCUGAGUUUAUGAACAACUGCUGUACCCCGUUUCAAAACAUAGAUCGUUCAGGUCAAUCUAUCUUCUUAAGUCUAAGCUACCAAGUCUGUGGUGUAAAAUUAAUUAUCCAUUUCAAAGAAAAGUGUUUAAGUAUAGUAUUAUAUCAUAAAUUCAAAUAUGACUGUUUAUUACAUUUUUGUUUGAACCAGUUAAAAAAUCAUAAAUGCUAAGUGUCUAUAAUUUGGUUCAAGGUCUGUAUUAAUCUCGAGUAUUUUACGUAAUAAAUUAUAUUGUGAGUAGUUAAACUGUUUACAUAUUUUUAUAAUAUAUAUUUUCAAAAUAUACAUGCAUUGAAAAAUAA